AUGGCAUCAUCAACUCUUCAAUAUCCUCCUCAAACUCAACCUCCUCAACAACAACAACAACAACAGCAACAACAGAAGGACAGCUCAUCAUACUUCUCAGAGAUAAAGAGAGGUGAACUUAAUGAAUUACGUCAAUAUCUAAAGACAGCAUCGAAUGAACGUGAUGUAGAGAAGAUAAGAGCAUCUUUACAGCGUAUUAUAGCGUAUAUGACUAUUGGCAUUGAUGUAGCUGCACUAUUCCCCGAUGUUAUAAUGGUUGUAAACACAACUGAUGUCAUUGUCAAGAAGUUAGUCUAUCUCUACAUCUGUCAUCAUGCAUUAACAGGCAACAAUGACUCAUUAUUACUACUUGUUAUAAAUACAUUAUGUCUCGACUUCCAGGAUGCCAAUCCAAUGGUUCGCGGACUUGCCCUUCGCAGUCUAUGCUCUCUAAACUCUCAGACAACGUUCGAGUACUCUUACAAAUGCGUGGUCAAGUCACUCAGCGAUCCAUCGGCAUAUGUGCGCAAGACUGGUGUACUAGGAUUGGCCAAACUAUAUCGAUCAAAGUCUGGCAAUGGUCAUGGACAAGGACAAGAUGGCGACCAUGACGAGUCAUUAUUCGAAUCAUUGGUACCAAAGAUUUAUGGAAUGAUCAUGGAUCAGGACCCUCAAGUGAUCGUCAAUGCUGUGCUGACAUUGGAUGAGAUGCGACCCAAUUGGAUCGUCACACAACCAGUCUGUCGCCACCUAAUGUCCAAGUUCAAGGUGCUCAAUGAAUGGGGCCAGUGCGCCGCCAUCAACAUCAUCAUGCGCUACAACAGCAUCACCGAAGAUGAGAUGCUCGACUUCCUUAACUUCUUUGAUGAUAGACUGAAGCAAUCAAACAGUGCAUUGGUGUUGGCGACGAUCAAGUUGUUCCUCAAGAUCACAGAGAGUGAUGGCAAUAUUCAUGAGCAGGUGUAUGAGCGACUGCGCGACCCUUUGAUCACACUGAUGGAGAAUGGCGAGUCGGACGAGACUGCCUACACAGUGCUCUCACACAUAUAUCUAUUGAUGAGCCGUGCGCCCACAUUGUUCCAACGCCACUACAAGUACUUCUAUUAUCGACACAGUGAACCAUUGUACAUCAAGACCCUCAAACUGCGGAUACUGCGAGAGUUGGUCUGCGCACACAACGUCGACGACAUUGUCGAGGAGAUGAGCGCCUAUGUGUUUGAGAGCGCCGAGCUCGCCAACCACGCAGUCGAAUCAAUCGGCCACAUUGCCAAGCUGGCGACGCACUCUCAGCACACACUGAACAAGCUGAUGCAAUUCCUGGACACCAAUGACGAGGCGAUCGUAGCGCCAACAGUCGUGGCACUCAAAGACUAUCUGCGAAUGUAUCCAGAGUGCGCCACACGCGUACUCCCUGCUGUGGCCACAGACACUCGUCUGGAUGAGCUACCAGAGUCUGCGGUUGAGGCCAAAGAGGCAGUAUUAUGGAUGAUUGGCGAGUACCCUACACUUGUGGAGGAUGCACCAUAUAUCAUUGAGCGAUACUUCAACGAACACUUUGACAAACAGCCAACCAGUGUCAAGUUGCAACUGCUGGUGUCCACUGUGAGGCUAUUCCUUGGAAAUGGUCAUGGCAAUGGCGAUGCAACAUCCAGCCACACCGGCGAAAUAUAUCCAAUCAUACUCAAAGUGUUCAAGUCAUGCUCGUCAAUCACAUGCGAUCCAGAACUACGCGACCAAUGCCUGUAUUAUUACCGAACCAUACUUUAUGAUAUUGACAAGGCCUCCAAGCUGAUCAACAUCAAGUGUACAAAGAACGAUCAUUCAUUCAUUGAAGAUGAGAUUAUGGAGUUUAGAGAUAAGAUAUACGAAGAGUUCAAUACUCUAUCAAUCAUAUAUGGAAAGCACUCUUCAAGUUAUAUGAGACAACCUGGAGACACCAAUGACAAGGACAAGUUGCUGGCGAGCAUGGUUGUUGUCUCACCAAAUGCAUCAUCACCAGUCCAAUCAACGUCAUCACCAAAGUUACCUCAAUCAUCAUCACCUCAACAGACCUUGUUGGACCUAGACACCUCAACACAGAACCUUGUUGACAUAUUCACAUUGGAACCAUCACCAGACAUGGAGCCAGAAGAGUUCCAAACACUAUGGUCCAAACUUGAUGAAGGACAAAAGAUGGAGUUCAAGUUGGCAAACAUGCCAGCUAUUGAACAGGUGGAGACAUGUCUGGCGAAUCGAGGCAUUGUGUGUCUAGCGUAUGGUAGCGUGGAUGGUUUGACAAAGUUGUAUUAUCAUGCCAAGCAACAAGACGACACUAGCGCUACUGUCACUGCCACCAUCUUCUUGAUUGAAGUGAUCAUCAACGAAAAGACCUUGUUGAUGUCACUCUUGUUCAAGUCCACUGAUGACAAGCAACUCCAUUCCAAGUUACUGCCACUAUUCUUCUCAACCCUUUCACAAGUGAUACCAGGACUAAUGUGA